AUGACAUCAAUAGGCAAGGAUUUUCAUUUUUUAUUUAUUUAUGUUUUUUUUGUUUCUUCAUUUGUUUUUAUUCUUAUUUAUCUUUUUGUUUUAUUCUUCUUCCACAUCGACCGUGUAAUUUUCUCUAUUUCUCUUUCUUUCUUUCUUUCUAUCAUGUCUUGCAUUUUGCUUUCCUUUCUUUCAUAUUACCACUCUUUUCUUUCUUUCUUUCUUUCUUUCUUUUUUCUUUCUUUCUGUCUUUUUCCUUUCUUUCUUUCGUUCUUUUUUCUUUCUUUCUUUCUUUUUUCUUUCUUUCUAGUUUUCCUUUUCUAUUUCUACCUUUUCUUUCUUUCUUUCUUUCUUUCUUUCUUUUUCCUUUUCUAUUUCUACCUUUUCUUCGUUUCUUUCUUUCUUUUUUUUCUUUCUUUCUUUCUUUCUUUUUUUCUUUCUUUCAUGUCUUGCAUUUUGCUUACCUUUCGUUCCAUUAUACCAAUUUCUUUCUUUCUUUCUUUUCUGACAUUUGUAAUCACCUUUUUUCCUAGUUUUCCUUUUCUAUUUCUACCUUUUCUUUCUUUCUUUCUUUUUUACAAUGUACAUCCUCACUUAUUUCUCUUUUUACUAUUUUAUCUGUCUCUUUUUUUAUUAUCUUUUCCUUUCACUUUUCCAUUAUUCAUUCAUUCAUUCUCUCCAUUUUUUCUUUACAGUUAUUUCUUGUCUGUUUCCAUUUUAUUUUAUGUAUUCUUUUAUUUUCUUUCUUUCUACCCAAUAUGUUUUGCCUUUCGUCUUUCUUUCCAUUAUACCACUUUCCUUCUUUCUUCCUUUCUUUCUUUCUUUCAUUCUUUCUUUCUUUCUUUCUUUCUAUUUUAUCUUUCUUUCUUUUACCAUGUCUUGCAUUUCGUUUUCCUUUCUUUCCAUUAUAACUUUCCUUUCCCUUUUUUCCUUCUUUCUUUCUUUCUUUCUUUCUUUUUAUUUUGUCUUUCUUUCUUUUUGGUUUUCCAUUCUUUCCAUAUAACUCUUUCUUUUUCUUUCUUUCUUUCUUUCUUUCUUUCUUUCUUUCUUUCCAUUUCCACUUUCUUUAUUAGCUUUCCAGUAUGUUUUGCAUUUCGUUUUCCAUUCUUUUCAUAUAACUCUUUUUUUCUUUCUUUCUUUCUUUCUUUUUCUUUCUUUCUUUCUUUCUUUCUUUCUUUCUUUCUUUCUUUCUUUCUUUCUAUUUUAUCUUUCUUUCUUUCCAUUAUACCACUUUCUUUCUUAGCUUUCCAGUAUGUCUUGCAUUUCGUUUUCCUUUCUUUCCAUUAUAACUUUCCUUUCUCUUUUUUCCUUCUUUCUUUCUUUCUUUCUUUCUUUUUUCUUUCUUUCUUUUCAUGA